UACAGCUCAAUUAACCAAAAACUAUGGCAUUAUGAAGAUGGACCCUUAUUGUCGCAUCCGAGUAGGACAUGCGGUGUUUGAGACUCCAACUUCGUAUAAUGGAGCAAAACUUCCUUCCUGGAAUAAAUGUGUUCAGUGUUACCUUCCAGUUGGCGUGGACAGUAUGUAUCUUGAAAUCUUCGAUGAGAGAUCUUUUACUGUUGAUGAUAGGAUAGCAUGGUGUCACGUCACAAUACCCCAGUCUGUCUUGAAUGGUGAUGUCGUUGAUGACUGGUACCCUCUUAGUGGAAGGCAAGGCGAAGAAAAGGAAGGCAUGAUUAAUCUUGUUUUAUCUUUCACACCUGUCCAAAACCUUACAAUGGGAAGCUUUAUUUGUCCCCAACAAACUAUGGUAAUCCCACAAGUUGUCAGCCCUGGAAUGUUUUACGCUCCCAUGCAGCCUGUAGUUGGUGGCACUCCAGUGUAUCAAACGACCCAGCUGCCUCCAGCCCCUGUACAACAAGCUCCAGCAUACACAGAAUCUGAUGUUCAACAAAUGAAGGAUAUGUUCCCAGGAAUUGAAACCAAUGUCAUUCAGUCAGUUUUCAUUGCGCAACGAGGCAACAAAAAUGCAGUGAUUAAUUCACUGCUCUCAAUGAGUUCAGAACAAUAAUCUAGUUGUUCGUCUCUUCACUAGUAAACAAAACGAAACGAAAAAAAGAAAACAAACUAACAAAAUAAAACGGGGGCUGAAUACCAGUAUUAGAUUAAAACAGUGUAAACAAACUAAACAGAAAUAUAUAUAAAAAGAAAUUGAACUCUUCCGCUACCCUUCCCGACCCCACCCCACUCAAUGAGGACCGUCUUGACAUUGUUCUUCUUGCAGAGACUAAUCCCAUGAUCCCUAUAAUCCCUACACACUCCCCUAUGCUGGUAAUAUGAUUGGGGGACCAGUUCUUGAGCACAGCUUUCACUGCUGUUACACCGUUCAUUGAUCAUGCAUAAUUGCUUCUUGCCCUUUGUGUAUUUUUUAAAUAUCUUCUGCAAACACUGCAUAAGGAAUAAGGGGAGGAGGACACCCUUCACUAUGGAAUAGUUUAUAUUUUUUUUUUUAAUAUUUAUGUUCCAUUUCUUUAUUUCAAGAGUAAUUAGUUAAUUUUUCACCUGUAGCUAUUACCAUACCUUUAUCCUUUCAUUGUUCAGUUUAGAUAUAUGGGUCUUUUUUGUCUUUUUCAGAUUAAUCUUUUAUUCUGUUUAGUUAAAGAUGUAUCAUAAAGCUGGGGCCCAAAUUUUAGUUUUUUUCCCCCCCUAUUCUUUUUUCUAUUUCCUACUUCUCCCUUUUAUCUAUUCCUUUGUCUGUGGUUUGCAGACCAGUAAAAAUUUAAAUAGCAUUAAUUAGUCAAUUUAUUAACUAACAAAAAAAAGUUUUUUUGUUUCUUUUUUUUUUUUUCUCCUUUUUUUUUUUUUUAUAACCUGGUCACUGACACAUUGCAACUGCUUGUGUAAAACUUGCUUGCUGUAAAUUUAUUGUUUGGUAAACAUUUCAAUUAUUCUGCAAUUUUGGGUUUUUUUCUUUAACUUGUAAUUGUCAAUCACUCCAUUUUGUUAAUGCUUGCACUAUGUUUUCUCUCUGAAUGUUUUCUUAAUGUUAAAGUGAUAAUCUUAAUUUAGCAGUAUGUACUAGUUUCCUUUGCUUAUAUAAUAAUGUAUUCCACCCCACCCCCUUCUAGGCAGGAUUUAGCUGAAAAUUCAGGGGCUAGCUUUCUAUAUUGUAGGUCUAUAGGAAAUUACAUUUAUCUUCUUAUCAAUAAGACAGGAUUUGCUCUUUUGUCUAGGAAACAAGGGGGAAAAAGACCUUGGCACAAGACUGCCUGUUUUUGAGCAAUAAGGUUUUAUUUAAUGCAAGAAAGACAAAAAAGAAAGAAAAACUUUCUGACCCACCCCCAUUGAAUAUUAAAUACAUUGACAAGGCUAAUUUCUGUAUGAAAAUCACUGAGCCAAGAUCUCAGUGUUUUGUUUGUUAUUUAUGUGAUAGUAGCUUAUGGCUGAGAUAUAUCAAACAUCUUUCACUCUUUACAUGUUGGACUCCAGUCACUGUGCUGUUGGCCCUUGAGCAAGGCUCUUAACUCUAAGCCAUGCAACCUUUUAAGCAAAUAAUGUAAGAAAAUGAUUAUAUAUAAACCUUAUUGUCUCAAGUCUUGCCAAGAAUAAAAGAAGACAGAACUAGGUAUACAAAACACUGACCACCGUCAUCUUUCUACAUGAACUUCCAAAUCAUUGCUAAUUAUUAUUAAUAGUUAGGGCAGUGAAGAAGGUUACUAGUUCAAACUGCUUCCUUUAUGUUGUUGUGUACAUAAAGUGUGAUUUAUUAAACUC